AGAGAGAGAGAGAGAGAGAGGGAGAGAGAGAAACAAAGAGAGAUAGAAACAAAGAGGGAAAGAGAGAGUCGUGAUGCACACGGUCUGACGCUGUGCUUCAUUGUAUCCUCAGCGAGUGUAUUAGUGUGUGUAGACAGUCCUGCUUGCUUGUAGCAUCCUCGGAACUGCAUCAGUGAAUUUCGACUAGGCUCAUUUCUUCCCAAGGAAACCUCACCACAGGGGUCGACAGAAAAGUAAACGUUUGACUAAUAGCGUCUCUGUCCGCACAUAACCCACUCUGAAGAAGAGCGCAAAGCCCCAUUGACUUCGCACUCUUUCAAGACAAAAUGGGAGCGAAAAACAGCAAGCUGACCCCGGAGGUGAUGGAGGAUCUGGUGAAGAGCACGGAAUUUAACGAGCACGAGCUGAAACAGUGGUACAAAGGCUUCCUGAAAGACUGCCCCAGUGGACGACUCAAUCUGGACGAGUUCCAACAACUCUAUGUGAAGUUUUUCCCCUACGGAGAUGCUUCAAAGUUUGCCCAGCAUGCAUUCAGGACCUUUGAUAAGAACGGGGACGGCACCAUCGAUUUCAGAGAGUUCAUCUGUGCCCUGUCUAUCACGUCUCGAGGCAGCUUCGAACAGAAACUCAACUGGGCCUUCAACAUGUACGACCUGGAUGGAGAUGGCAAGAUCACACGAGUGGAGAUGCUGGAGAUCAUUGAGGCCAUCUACAAGAUGGUGGGGACUGUGAUCAUGAUGAAGAUGAACGAGGACGGCCUGACGCCCGAGCAGCGAGUGGACAAGAUCUUCAGCAAGAUGGACAAGAACAACGACGACCAGAUAUCACUGGACGAGUUCAAAGAGGCAGCAAAGAGCGACCCUUCCAUUGUAUUACUCCUGCAGUGUGACCUGCAGAAAUAGAGGAGAAGGGGAGCUUGAGAACCGCCACAGACUGCACAGAAGAUUCAUGUUCCAUUCAGUUUGCAGCUAUUUCCACUGAAAAAAAAAAUAUGCUUGGACUACCUUUCAAUGGAUCCGCUUCUUGAUGUUUGAAACACUUGUGUGCAUGAGAAUGUUAUUUGCUAGAAACAAUUUAUACGUACAUAUACACACACACAUAACGAGCUACACACACCCCACAAGAUACAAACAAACUGCACACUCACAACAUAUUCACAAUACGCACAAAUAUACAGAUAUAUAAAUGUUAUAUUUCAAUGAUUUAAAAUCAACUGCCAAAAUGUGAAGUGUGCAAAGUAUUUUCCAUACACUCAUUCCACUGGAGCUUGAGCAUCAGUGAUGUGCUAUGUUGAAUUACGCUACGACUUAUUAUUCUGAGUUUACUGACGCUAGCUACGUGUUUCAUAUAUUGAGCAAUGUCAACCAAGUCAAAUUCCUAUGGUAACGUAACUGUUUCUGACAAACCAAGUAUCUAUUCUUCUAAAAGAUUAGAUUUGGAUAGAUAAAGAGAUGGAUUAGUAGCCUAUUCAUCACAAACGUUUUCCUUCCAAAUGUGCUUGUACUGUUGGCGAAUAUAAAUGGAGUUCAUUUGCAUGCCUUUAGGUUUUGCCUUAAAAAUAAUCUCCUUAUUUUGCAUCCUUAUAAGAAUAACGAAGACAAAGCUUGUCAACGAAAUGCCGUUCAACAGUUAAACAUCCAAUAUUUGAAUAUGAAAAGCAUAUGACAGUAUAGGUCACAAGUAUUGAUGAAUGGGAUGUAAAUUGUUUGUGAUUUGUCAAGACAUUAUUUUUGUGGGAGCAUGUUCCUUGUAGAUAAUAAUAGUUCAUAAUAAUAAUAGUAAACAUACCCCUAUUUAAAAUCUACCAUCUCAUGAGCCCAUUUUGAAUGAGGAGAUAUUAAAUGUGGCAUAUUUAACAACAAAAAACAAAAGUCUGUAUGAAUACAAGAAAAAUAUUUGGCUGAAUUGGACCGAAAGAAAUGAAAUACAUUGAAAUAAAACCACCUCAUCAGUAUUGUCGGAGGAAGUAUAGCUUAUGAGGCAUAACUAAUGAGAGGCAAUGUAACAUCUAUCUGAAAAUUAGCUCAGCCCAAUAACAAAUGUAGAGGUUUUAAGUGCAUUUCAUCCUACAUAUUAUUGUUCCACUUAGUUUUGGUCUAUGUCAUCACACCAUCUCUUCAAUGAAGAUACAGGUUGCAAAUCAAUGUGCUGAAUUCAAUGAAGUUCCUGUCAUGAGUUUAUUAAUACCACUCAUAGAUAUAAAGAGGAAAUGAUCUAAGGCCAGAGCGACAUUGUGUUAGACAUUGAUUGAUAUUAUCUCAUAUUGUUUGUCUCUUUCAGUUUAAAAAAGGAGUGUAAAAAAAAAGGAGCAAUGUGUUGAAAGAACAAAGUGAAUGCCAUUCUUUAUGAACCAAGCCAAGAGGACAAAACCCCUUCAUGUUUUGGUAGGCUAUACAGUUUGCCCAAUUUGUACCCAAGGACGCGCUCCUCUUUAUUGAUCAACUUUUUGUACUUUUUUAUUCCCCUCACUGAAGCAUACACACUGUAUAGUAGCUCCUUUUCAGGUGCAGUGUAUCCUGUCCUCCCAUAAAGACAACUUCUUAGAAAAAGCCCGAGACCCCCUGGCCUGGUCCCAGAUCGGUUUGUGCCAUCUUGUCACGGCGCGACAUAGGAGUUGGCAAGACAGCACAAACAGAUUCGGCAGCAGCCUAGACCCCAGUUUGACUGGAAAUAUUAAGUAAUUCACCUGUACACCUUCGUUGUCCCGGUACUGUGGAUCUGUCUCCGUACGAUGGUCACGCGCAAUCUCUCAGACAGCUCUGGCCCGAUUUGGACGAAACUUGGGUGAAUAAUGCGUGUUGCCAGAGAUCCAGCGUUUACUAAAUUACACCGAUUGGACCAAGGCAGGCGCUAUAUUAGUAAUUAACAGAAAUGUGUUUAUCACACGAUCCCAAUCGGCCCAAGGAAGGGCGCUGUAUCAUUGGUGGGGGAGGACAUGUUUACUGUUGCCUUGUUGAAAGAGUGCAGACACUGCUUAUAUAAAUCAUUGGUUGCAAUUUGGUAACUUAACUACCCAUUUUGUUUCACAUGUCAUCUGCACAUUUGGGAGGAGUUAUUUGAUUCAUUUAUUUUCAAAUUGACUGCGAUAGGAAGACCAAGUCCACCAUCAUUCCUCAAUAAAUUAGGCUGACCGUCUGUAAAUCUGAAACUUCACAUGAACAUCUUCGCCCAGAAAUGCUUGUACUUAAAACGAUUAUUAAUCAGAUACCAAAUGUAAGCAAAGGCAACAGUGUCAACUGAAGGAUUAUUUUGUACAUGUAGCAUGUAUUGUGUCCCUGAUAACAUGGCUGCACUACUCUGUGUUGUGAUUUAAACUAAUAAAAUAACUAUGGUCUGUU